CGUGGAGAAUCGCUUCCGUAAUUACGCAGCGUAAUCGACCAAUGGAAUAGCAAAGUCUCGUGACGCCAUUUCCUGACCGGUAGUUUUGCGGGAAGUUUGGUGCUGGUGCAGUUCAGUCUGCAGUCAGCGAUAAACAACAAAGUGAAGAUGCCACCCAAAGCCAAGGCUGCAGGGAAAGGAAGAGCUCCGGCUAAGAGGAAACUGGCAGAGGAGUUCCCACCAGGGGAAGUGUUGACUGACACCGGGAAGAAGGCCUGGAAACUGGGGACUCCAAUCGGUCAGGGGGGAUUUGGUCUCUUAUAUCUGGCUGAUGAAAAUUCUGCAAAAUCUGUUGGUGCAGAUGCUCGCUAUGUCAUCAAAGUGCAGCAGAUUAGCUUGCAGCCUUGCUGCCCGGCUCCCCCCACAGAAUUCUACUCUUAUUACUAUGAGCAUCACAGCCAUCACCCACUUACACCAGCACCAGUUAACACCUUGUACACAGGAUAUUUCAGUAACCACACCGACUUGAUGGAGAGAUUCAGUAUGUUCUCUUGUCCUGCAGUCCAAAAUUGGAUGAAAUGUCACAAGCUGAAAAAUCUGGGAGUUCCCAGGUACUGGGGCUCAGGUCUGCAUGAGAGAGGAGGGAAAAGGUACAGGUUCAUGGUUAUUGACAGGCUUGGCACAGAUCUGCAGAAGAAGUUUGAAGAAUGUGGAAAGAGGUUCCCCAGAAAACUGGUUCUGCAGCUUGGUCUUUGUCUGCUGGAUAUUUUGGAAUAUAUCCAUGACCAUGAAUAUGUACACGCUGACAUUAAAGCAUCAAACCUCAUGUUAAGCCACACUGAUCCCAACCAGGUUUACUUGGUAGAUUAUGGGCUGGCAUACAGGUACUCUCCUGAUGGUGUCCCCAAAGAGUACAAGGAAGACCCCAAGAGAUGUCAUGAUGGUACCAUUGAGUUCACGAGCAUCGACGCCCAUAAAGGAGCAUCUGCAUGUAGGCGGAGCGACCUGGAGAUCCUGUGCUACUGCAUGGUUCAGUGGUUGUGUGGUCGGCUGCCCUGGGAGGACAAGCUGCAGGACCCCAUCUACGUCAGAGACUCCAAAAUUAGGUGUCAAGAAAACAUCUCACAGUUUAUGAACAAGUGUUUCUCUGCUCAAGACAAGCCAGAUGAAAUCGAGAAGUUCAUGGAGGGGAUUAAAUCUCUGGGAUACCAAGACAAACCACCCUACGAGAAGCUGCGCUCCAUCCUGUUGACCGGACUGAAGAGCAUCCAGUCUAAAGAUGAUGGCAAGCUGGAGUUCCUUCCUGCCAAUGGAGCUGUAUCACUUCCUGCUCAGAAAACAGCCAAGAGAAAAAAAGCAGAUGAGGAGAGGGAGGUGGAUGCAAGUUCCCCAAAGAAAAAGAGAGUCACAAAGAAAAAAGAAGUGAAUAGAGUGAAGAGUCCGAAAAAGACUCCAAGAACAAGAAAGGUGCCCAACAGUGGAAAACAGAGUGACCCAAAAUCCAUGUUAGUGGAGAUGGGGACCCAGACCACACCUGGACUAGCCCAAAAAUCCAGAGGCAGACCCAAGAAGACCAUCACCUGAACAUCAACCAGUCUAUACUUGUCUUUCCAUCCUCUUAAAAAUCACUUUUAAGUUUUAUAUGAUAAUUUAGAUAAUUUCUGUCUGUCAUACACUGGUGGUGGUAGUUUGAUUGGCUUUUGUGUGGUUUAAGCAGAACCAUUGUAAUAAAGAAGAAAUUAAAUAUUC